GCCCGAGACCGCCCAGAGGUGCCCCUUGGAGACCGUGUUGCCGUGUUUCCCUAGGCCGAGGGAGGCCCCCGGCGCCGCGGGAUGAAGUUCCACUGCCUGUCCUUCCGGCAGCCCUACGCGGGCUUCGUCCUCAGUGGGGUCAAGACCCUGGAGACGCGCUGGCGGCCCCUGCUGAGCGGCCAUCAGGGCCGUACCGUCGCCGUCCACAUCGCCCGCAGGGACUGGGCAGACGCCUCCUGGAGGGCUCUGCUGCUGGACAGGCGGGGCAUGACGCCCGCUCAGGCGCAGGACUUGCUGCGGGAAGGAGACAAGUUUGGCCGCGGAGUGAUAGCUG